UCCCUUCUUGGCAAGCCAUGAUCUGGUCCUGUGCGUAUGUGGAGGCUCCAGAGUGGCAGCUGUACAGGCACAGCUGAAGUGAUGGCUCUGGGGCUCCUGUCAGCAAAGGAAAAGGCCAGUGGAGUUUUCCCAGCACUUGCUUAUAGCCCCUGUCCAUCUGCAUGCUAGGCAGAGUGCAGUGCUAAAGAGGAAUGGGAUUUAAGGAGGUUUACAAAAGGCAAAAACCCUCUAGGGCUUGAUUUGAGCUUGAAACUGUCCAUCUGUGAAUUUCUUCAGCAAAGGAGCUCUUGCUCUUACAAGCAAGAUUUAGGAAUGAUCAUUGUGAAAAAAAUUCAGAUUAUUUUUCUUUUGUUGACCUUAUGAAUUCUAAUUGUAUCAUAAAUUUUCACUUGAUUCUUCCUUUUCUACCUUCCACUCUCUCUAUAUACAAGGUUUAGAACGGAAGGUUUGAAGCUAGAAAGCCUAGUUUUUUAUAAAAAAAGCAAAAUUGGAAGGAAAAAAUGGGAUGGGAUUUUAGUAACAGGGCUAUGUCUUUAAAAAAGGCCACAGCAGCUUUUGCUAUUGUUGGGUUAGGACCCCAAAACCAAACCAGCACAGCUAUGAAUAUACUUUGCUGUGGAUAUAUUUUUAUUUCUGUUGUGUGGAGCUGGAUGUGUCUGGUCACUAGGACUGCAGGUCUUGGAAGUGAGGGUGGAGAUCACUUUUUAAAUAUUUGUACAGGGAGGAGGACAAGGCUUGAAACUGCUAUGAAAAUAGCCCUUUGCAUGUCUCCAAGGGUAGGUUAACUGUGCAGGGUUUCACAAGAGCCACUCCCUCAAGAUACUUGAAUAAUAGAUUGACAUUAUGGGGUGCAGUGAAAGGUGUGUGCAUUUCAAAAGCCCAAGGAGAAAAUUUCCUUCUUAAGCAAAUCCUGUAGAAGGCGUUUUUGUGCCCUUCCCUUUGGGCUCCUAGUCCUCUAUCGGUCACUUGCAAAUUGUAUUUCUUAUCAGCCACAUGGAAAACUGAGGGUUAAGUAAUUGAAAUGCUGUGACAUGUUUGUCCAACUCUACAAAUCAGGUAUGAUGCUAGGGAUGCCUUUAGGUUUUACUGCCCUGAGGUCUUACCUUGACCUUUCUGUUUUAACCAGCUCUCACCCAGCUCUGUCCAGUGGAAAGGUGCAGCUGAAGCAUAAGUUUCUUUCUGCUUCAAGUGAAAGCUGUACCACCCUUUCUUCCUCUGUAAGGUCUUGCACAGAGGGCAAGUGCAUUUCAAUGAAAAGGCUUUGUAGAGCUACAAGGUGUCUCCUGAAUUCUCACUAUGUCUGAUGGGGACUAUGAUUACCUCAUAAAAUUUCUAGCACUUGGUGAUUCUGGAGUAGGAAAGACCAGCCUUCUUUACCAAUAUACGGAUGGCAAAUUUAAUUCUAAAUUUAUCACAACAGUGGGCAUUGACUUUCGGGAAAAGAGAGUGGUGUAUAGACCCAAUGGGCCAGAUGGCAUUGGUGGCAGAGGACAGAGGAUACAUCUUCAGCUCUGGGAUACUGCAGGGCAGGAAAGGUUUCGCAGCUUGACAACAGCUUUCUUCAGAGAUGCCAUGGGGUUUCUUCUACUCUUUGAUCUGACAAAUGAGCAAAGCUUUCUGAACGUCAGGAACUGGAUAAGUCAGCUACAAAUGCAUGCAUAUUGUGAAAACCCUGACAUUGUAUUAUGUGGAAACAAGAGUGAUCUGGAAGACCAAAGAGUGGUGAAAGAAGAAGAGGCUAAGGAACUUGCAGAAAAAUAUGGAAUUCCAUAUUUUGAAACCAGUGCAGCCAAUGGGAAUAAUGUAAGCAAAGCCAUUGAAACCCUGCUUGAUCUCAUCAUGAAGCGCAUGGAGCGGUGUGUGGAUAAAUCCUGGAUCCCAGAAGGGGUGGUGCGCUCCAACGGGCACAGCUCUACGGAGCAACUGAACGAGGAGCAAGAAAAAGGCAAAUGCAGCUGUUAGCUCAGUUGCAAUUACAUCUAGUGUCUAUUCUAAAGUAUAGUACAGUUGCAGCUUAACUGUUUAACUUACGGACAAAUCACAUUUUGUAGUUAUUUAAUGAGCUAUAUUCAUUCUUGAUACUAAUUCUUUGUUUUUUUCCUCUCAAACAGCAUUGGCCUUUGCUUACAAGGUAUGCAGUUUAUGAGUGAUGGGACAGAAGUCUAAUUUGGUGUAGCACUGGAUAUUCGUCUAAUUCUCUACCUUGGAGGGAAGGGGAGGAAUUGUCAUACCAGAUUUAAAGCAUCUCUCUGUAUGGGCAAUUGCCCUUUGAAGGCUCCAUUAACUACACAGACUAGGCAUUUAGAUUAGAUAUUGGGACUUCUGUUAGUCUCUACUAACAGCAAGUUUACCAGCAUGGUCCUUGGUUUUGAACAGAAACAUUUAAUCAUUUCACCAAUCAAUAACAAUCUUGAAGAGCAAAUCCUGUGUUUUCAACAAAAGGCUGCAUGUAGCUUUUCCUUCCUCUCUCAAACCAUUAGUUUUCAGAGAUGAAAACCAAAAUAAAGCCUUUCUAUAUGGAAUAAAAAAACUACAGAGAAACACAAGGGUGCAUAUGUAGGGCACUUUGGAUAUGUCAUCAAAGUGAACAGGUAAGCUACAACUGUACUAUAUAAAAUAUAUCCAACACAGCCAUUGAGACCUCCUGACAUAAUUUGAAUUUCUAGAACAUGCAUAUGUGUGUAUUUAUAUGUAAAUGGCAUAACUGUACAUCAGUUGUUGUGUUACUUUUAUGUUACCACUCACGUUUUAACAGGAAUGUAGGGCAACUUAGAUGUCAGCAAAAUUUCAUCAGAGGUAGUGCUUUGCACUGAAUUUGCUUUACUGAACACAGAUUUGGAAUGUUUCUUCAAACCUGGAUUGAAAAAUGAAUUGUGAUUGUCUUCUGAUGAAAUGCAGCUAAGAUACCAAUUCUGUCUAGAUCAGUAUUUCUAUAAAUUUAUAUUGCUAAUUUUAUUCUGCCAGCCUUUGUGUCCUGUUCAUCUUAGUUAUCAUAUAUUCAUUUAUGGCUUGUUCAUUUCCUUUAGGUUGUAUUUAAAAAAGAAUAGAGUUGCUCCUCUUUUAUUCCUUCUACAGAUCACCUAAAUGCCAGUUUUGGUUUCAGUGGAUCAUGUUACUCUUUGGUAAUUUUUAUUUAUUCAAACAACCUAAGGAAUAAUCAGUAUUUUUGGGUCUUUUUUCCAGACUGAUUUGUAAGAUGUGCCUACCAAUCAAUUUUCUAAACUGUGUCACUGUAAAGUAUUGCCAAUUGAAGUAAUAACAUGCCAAAUUAAUUCUUUUUACAGACUUUCCACAGCAGUUUGUUUACAAAACUCCAAAGCUCUUACUUCUUUAGAAAUGAUGUAUUUAUUUAUUUAAAUAGUCUAACUACUGCAAUUUCAGGCAAACAGUGAUAGAUAGCACUUGUGGACAUGAAUUGCAGCAUAACAAAUUUUUUGAAGGACCAAAAAUGUUUCUAAAAUAGGCACUAACAAAAAAUAUAUUUGAUGUAGACUCUGGUUAUAUUAAUAAUGCAAGAAUAAGUGUUAAAACUUGGUUCUUAAAAGAUUUUGCAAAGUAAUGCGUUGUUCUUAAACAAACACAAUAUGUAAAUACUAGAUUUUUAUCACAGCCUAUACAGAAUAUUUUUCAAGUGCAAUAUAAUUUGACUGCUCUGGGACUAGGACAGAGAUUAAAAUGAUUUAUAUUCAAUAAAUAUAGGGUUUUUUCUACUGUACAAUACCAAGAUUCUAAACUGGUUGUGGACCGGAGUUACUGUAGUUUAACUCAGAGUGCCUUUUGAAGUUCCCAUGGUGUUUCUGACCAGCAGAGUAUCAGACUCUGCUCUAGGACACAAUACAUUUCAAUGUAAUUUGGUGUCCGAAUUCUUUACUGUAACUCUUUGCUUUCCAGGGGGUUGCAGUGGGACUUUGUAAAGCAUUAACUUUAAUGGGAGUUUUUGUGCUCCAUCCCGUUCCUGCAAACAGUGAGGAUUAUUGCAGCCAGCUACUGAGCUAAGUGACUACUGAAAUGGUGUGAAAAUACUUCCUUUUGAAUACUUACGUUUAGAUUGGAUAUUAAAUAUUAAAUGGAACUGUCAUAUUUUUGUCAUGCAUAUUAUAUGUAACUAUUUACUGUAUAAAGAGAGUCUACAUAAAAUUGCUUUGAUGUCAGCCUUUGAAAUGUGCCAUAAGAUUUAUCUGUUUGAAUUAUUCAGUGGCAAAACUUUUGUUCCCUUUUUAGGUCUCAUGAGAAGUCAUGGGAAAUGCUUCUUGACAGUGGAUUAUAUUAUUCUUAUUAGUCUAGCACUAGUUUUAACAAAGAAACAAAGGAGAAUUCUCAUGUGAUGAGAAACUGUUAUUUCAAGAAGAAUUGUUUCCAUCCAGUGUCAGAUGAAAAUGUAGAUCUCUCGUGGAACAAAGUUUUGGAAAUUAUUUCCAUUAUGAUGUUUUGUCCCAGGAUUUCUUAUUAAUAUAAAACAGUUAAACAUUCCUGA